AUGGAUGUGAACUUUACCCUGCUGACGCGCGUUUGGUGCGUUGCAGAAUUGGUUGAAGCUGAUCAUUUGCACAUCUCCCAGGCGGUGAAGAUUCACUCGGGAGCCUCCAGAGACGUUUGCCUUGGACGCUUGGCGUCCUCCGAUGUGCGACAGGCAGAAGCGUCCUUUCCGGCAGACAAG